CUUCUUUCAUACAACACGCAACCAUUCUGCAAUUCGGUAUCUGACGCCCUCAAUAAUGUUGAUGAACUGGAGACGCAGUUACACGUUCUUGAGUCCUGGUUUGAGAUGCCCAGCAUUCAGCAUUCCUUCUAUCCUGAUGAGCUGGACCGCGUUUCCGAGGACGCACAGGGCCUGAUUGAGAUUGUUCAGCAGUUCCAGGCAGCUCUCCGUUCCGUGGUCUCAAAGCAGUCACUCGAUAGUGGCAUUGACAAUGUCUGCCCACAGCAGCUGGAGUCGACGCCUUCCAACGCUCCAGCGCCAGUUCCCCAACAACGGCCCCAACAGAUACCAGUGGAUGCUAGUCUGUCCGAUUUUGCCGCAUCUGCAGAGUGUCAAAAUCCUGCCAGCUUGGGAACCCCACCGAAGCAGAUAAAACAGCGGCAGCGUAUCCAGCAUCAGGAUCAGGGCGUGCCACAACAGCCGCCCGUUGCGCCUAGUCAUCUACCGUGUGAUCGUCCGAACUGA